AUGUCAACAGAAAAUAAUGUAUCAGAAUCUACACCUAUAACACAAAAUAACUUAAAUGAGCAGCAAAAUCCGUCAAUAACAAUACGUGAUUUUGAUGGGAAAUUGCACAGAAUAUUUUUGGAAUUAAAUUCUUUGACGAUACAACUUUUGAAUAAAAAAUCUCAACAAACGCGUUACACUGCCACAAUUCCUUUAGAAUCAGUACUCUGUAUACGUUCAAACCGUAUUCGUCUACGUUGUGGAAUGCCUAAAAAAUUGCCAGAAAUAGGGGCAGAUCAACCCGAUCUAGUCAAUACUUGUUGGAACAAAACUUCCUUUCGUCACAACGUUUUAUACAUUUAUUAUGCCUUUCGUUGGAAUGUUUUUACGUGGAGAUUGAAGGAAGCUGCCCUAUUUUUUGAGUCUGUAAAUGAUAAAAAAGAAUGGGAAAAGUUGUUGAAUGAUGCGAGAAAUGCCUUGUAUAGACCUAAACAUUUGUUGGUCUUUAUUAAUCCGUUUGGUGGAAAAGGAAAGGCUAAUGGAAUAUGGACGGAUGAGGUAGAACCAUUUUUCAAACUUGCAAAUAUUACUUAUGAAUUGAUCAAAACUGAAAGAGCAGAUCACGCAUUAGAAACUGUUAGAGAACUAGAUCCUGUCAAAUGGGAACUUUUGGAUGGAAUAGUUUCUGUUGGUGGUGAUGGCCUUUUUAAUGAAGUUCUUUCUUCUGCUAUUAUUAGAACGCAAUUACAAGCCGGCAAAAAUUACAACAAUGAACAAAUUGAUAUGUUAACUACUCCAAGAGUACGUUUUGGAAUUAUCGGGGCAGGUUCUGCAAAUUCAAUAGUGUCGUCUGUUCAUGGAAUUAAUGAUUGCCCUACAGCAGCUAUACAUAUUGCUAUUGGGAGUAGAUGUAAUAUUGAUGUUUGUGCUGUAUAUGAAGAUGGAAAUUUGUUGCGAUUUUCUGCUGAUGCAAUCUCUUAUGGAUGGUUAGGAGAUGUUCUUCACGAUUCUGAACGUUAUCGCUGUCUUGGACCUAUUAGAUACCAAUAUUCUGCUCUACGUACAUCAAUUCGUCAUCCAACAUAUUUUGGCCGUGUUUCCUUUGCUUUAAGUCAAGAACAUGUUCCAAAUGCUUUAGAUGAUGAUGAUACAGGCUCUGGACCUUCAAAUCCAUUAAAAAUACCUGUUUGUACAGAUGAAUGUGAUUUGUGUUCAGGAAAGGUUCCAGUCGAUCCAAGAUAUCCUUUCCAUUGGCAAUCUGAUUUUACUCAUGUUAUUUGUUGUGUAAUACCUUGUGUUUCGCCUUUCACGCCUUAUGGUCUAGCACCUUAUACUGGGUUAAACGAUGGAACUAUGGACUUGGCUCUAAUUCCAAAAGUUUCCCGAUUCAAAAAUAUGCAAAUAAUGAGAAAAGUAGCAAUGUAUGGCGCUCGUUUUAUUCGAAGUGAAUAUCCGGAUGUUAAAGUUUUUCGUGUUUGUCGAUGGAAGUUUACACCAAAAUCGCUUGUUUUAAAUUCUGGUGAAGGUGAAACUGUAAGAGAAGAUGAAUCUGGUGCUUGGAAUUUGGAUGGAGAAAUUCUUCCUCAACCGCCAAAUAAAUCUUUAACCUUCAGACUUCAUCCUCGUUUAAUAAAUUAUUUUGGAAGAGAUUCAGAAGUUGAUUUAAAUGAUCCAAGUUAUAGCCGUUGUUGUCCUUGUUUUCAUUGUGAGAGUAGUAAAGUUUCUCGUUUAAUUGGGUAAUUUUAUUUAGCAACAAAAAAUCUAAGUCUUUUAUCAAUGAUGGUGUGCCUAUUUUGUAUAGUUGGAUAUGUCGUUGUAAUCAAAAAAAGGACAAAAAUUUUUGAUGGGGAAAGGGGGGGGGGAAUUUUUGGAAAAUUUUUUUGAAAAAAUUUUUCCUAAAAAUUUUCCAAAAAUUUUCAAAAAUUUUUUGUGGGCGAAAAUUUUGAAAACAAAAAUUUUUUUAGGGUAAGAGGGUUUUUUGGAUCAUGAGAGAGUCAAAGCAUUAACUCCUCUUUUCUUCUUCCCCAUUUUUUUUUUCGAUUACAAUCCUCAUACUAUACAAAAAUUUUUUUUUGGUAAAAAAAUUGCCUUGGUGUGAUAUAUUUAAGUAUAAGCAUCGUUUUUAAAAAUAUGAUAUUUUACACAAUUUAUUUUAAUUAUUUUAUUUUAAUUAAUUAGUUGGGCCUCUCUAUAUUGAAGUUAUUUUUUUUAUUUGUUUGGUUACUAGCUGUUUAAGCAAUAGAGGGUUGAUUUAUAUUGAGCAGGAUUUUUAGGGUUAUUGGAAAAUCCUUCUGAUAACUGAAUCGAAAAAAAAAUCCUGGGUUCUUCAGUUCGCGUUUUCCAAAUGACAUAUUUGCUGGCAUUUUUUUAAAAUUUAU